CCAGUGGUCCACGUAAGUUUUUCCACAUCGAAAUUGUUGGGGUGAUAAUCGAUACGACCCAGAUACUUCCGCAACUCACGGAAAUUUCGUCUGACAGUGGAUGACAGUUGAUAACAGUUGAUAACAGUCGCUAAUUGAUGAGCCAAAGUUUACGUCACAAGAAAGUACAAUAUUUAUUGUUAACUCUUGUUACGUUUGAAUCUAUGUGGACACAAUUGCUGAUGAUACGUGAGGGUCAGCUGGAUAGGAAGUCAAGGCAUUAAAUUUAGUAUAUCCGCUGGGGCGAUUUUUCAACGACUCGCGAUUGAAUGAGAAGUGCAUCAGUGCAACGUCUCGCAAUUCGAGGAGAAAGUUCACAUAUUGGGAUUUUGAUAUGGCUCAGUCGAGGUACGAGUGGGUGGAAAAACGUCAGAUUUUCCAACUCAUUGCCGUUGAAGUGAUUGUCAUGGUACUCAUGGGAUUAUUCCUGAGCUACGGACCCGAUGCCAGUGGGAUUUCCCCUCCACCGAAGCAGAGUCCAUUGGUCCAGGGCAAAACAUCGAGAUCUUAUGUUUAUCCGAUGUAUCAGGAUGUUCACGUGAUGAUAUGGAUUGGAUUUGGAUUCCUCAUGACAUUUCCCAAAAGAUACGGCCAGAGUGCACUCGGAUUAACAUUUCUUGUCGGUGCUAUUUUAAUUCAAGUGGCAAUUAUCUGCGAGGGAGUUAUAAAUAUCACGAAAAGUGGUAAAGCGCCUUUAUCAUUGAUGAGCUUAUUAAAUGCAGAUGUAGCAGUGGCUGCACCACUUAUUUCAAUGGGUGCUCUGUUGGGUAAAACAACUUACAUGCAAUUGAUUUUCAUGGGAAUAAUAGAGCUUGUCGUAUUCACCCUCAACAAGUACCUCGGGGAGGAGUACUUGAUGGCUGCUGACGCUGGGGGGAGUAUGUUUGUUCAUGUUUUCGGAGCUUAUUUCGGUCUCGCUGUGAGUUUUGCAUUUGGAAUUAAAAGAAGACCUAAGGAACAUCAUCUGGAGGGCUCCUCCUACCAUUCUGAUAUAUUCGCUAUGAUCGGCACUGUAUUCCUGUGGCUGUUCUGGCCGUCGUUCAACGCAGCAGCUCUUCAGGGAAAUGAUCAGCAACGGGCGAUAAUCAAUACUUUAUUAGCAAUUGCCGCGAGUUGUGUCGUGUCAUUUGCUGUGUCCGCACUAGUAUCAGAAGAGAGUAAAUUUAAUAUGGUCCACGUUCAGAAUUCAACACUCGCUGGUGGAGUUGCCAUAGGAACAGCUUCGAAUAUGAUGUGCGAACCUAUUGGGGCCCUUUUAAUUGGGUCCUCUGCUGGGGCCAUAAGUGUUCUCGGAUACAAGUAUCUUACGCCGAUGAUUCAGAAUCGAUUGAGAAUCCACGACACCUGUGGAGUGCACAAUUUGCACGGAAUGCCAGGAGUUCUCGCUGGUGUUUUUGGUGCCCUAAUGGCCGGAAUGGCGACAGAGGUAUCUUACAAAGAGUCACUCUAUCAAGUAUUUCCAGCCAGAGCACCAAGUACUGGUGAUGAAUCCGCCGAAUUGCGGGUUUACUCUGGCAUCCAUGCAGGUCAUGACAGAACAGCUGGCCAACAGGCUGGCUAUCAAUUACUAGCACUCGGCAUUACUCUCGGUAAUGCAAUUGUAUCUGGAGUUAUCACUGGAAUGAUUCUGCGGACGGAUAUUUGUGGCACUGUGCCGGAAGCAAGUAAAUUCGAUGAUGCACUUCAUUUUGAACUGGAGGACGAUGUGGAACAGGAUUUGCCGAUGAAAAUACCGGAGGGAAAUUCCAGCCGAAUCGUCGAGCAAAUAUCCAUGAGUCAUAUUUAAUUAGAGGGGAACCGCAAACCAGCGGAAAAUUGUAAACAGAGGAUUACGCUGGAUGUAAUAAU